UGUUCCCCCUCACCCAGCCCUGUGCUUAGCUUGGCUCUUUCCUUCCCCUGCGUUGCUUUGCUUUGCCCCACCGUCCCCAGAUCCCCUUCUGUAAUGCUGCCACACUGGCAGCUCCAAAUUCCCCAACACCUAUGAAAUUCCAUGUUUGAUUUUCCAUUUUUUUCUUCUUUUUUUUUUUAUCUUGGAGAAGUUCAAUCUGUGGACUACAUGUUUCAGGAAACAAGAAUGCGAUCACCAACUGGAAAUGGAUUGAUUUAAUAACUGGAAUUUUUUUUUUUUUUAACUUGCAAGCGAAUGAUUCAUACUGAAGCUGGGAUUUUCCAUUCACGAGGAGGCUUUGGCCUGACUCAUAAAUAAUACCUGAAACUGUCUCCAUAUCACCAUGGCUGAAGCCACGGGGUCCAAUGGGGUAGCUGUACCACAGUCGAGCUCCAUCAGGUCCAAAGGUCUGGGGCUCCUCAGGAAGCUGAAAAUGUCUGCGGAGCUGCUGAUCGCCCUGGUUGCUCUCCUGUCCUGGCUGGUGGUGGGAGUGGUGAUGUUUGACUUUGUGGAGUACAAGGCAGUCCCUGACAUUCAGCAAAUCGUGACUGACCCUGUUCAAGCUGUAAACGACGCUGUUGAUGAAGUAUCCAGUCUGCUCAAUAAGUUUCAAGAAUGUGCACCUGAUUUAAGUGACCCCAUGUCUGCUGUCACUUACGCCGCUGAGGAAAUAUCGGAAGCAAAAGAUGGAUUUGUUCGCCGUUUUUCAGAUGAGGAAGGAAACUUCUACCUCAGCUAUGUUGACCCUGUGGUCAUUGGUAGACGAGCUUUCCAUUCAACUAAUGAUUUGAUGUGUGGACUUGUGGGCUCCUUCAGGGACACGCUUUGCGCUAUAGUGGAUACUGUACUGGACACUAUAUUGGAUAUAAAUAAAGGAAAAACUGACCUUAGCUACAUUGACCCAGUGGUCAUAGGCCGAGAUGUCUUCCGUGUUACUAAUGAGUUCAUGUGUGGAGUGCUUGGCUACAUCCAGGAUGUGCUCUGUGCCAUCCUGGACACUAUUCUGGAUGUAGUGAAAGGAACCAUUGAUAUUAGCUUCAUGGACCCUGUGGUGAUUGGCAGAGAUAUCUUCAGUGUCACUAAUGACACUGUGAGUGGAACAGUGGGUUACAUCCAGGAUGUGCUCUGUGCCAUCUUAGACAAAAUACUGGAUAUAAUAAAAGGAACCACUGACAUUAGCUUCAUUGACCCCGUGGUUAUUGGCAGAAAUGUCUUCAGUGUUACUAAUGACUUUGUGAGUGGAAUAGCAGGAUACAUCCAGGAUGUGCUCUGUGCCAUUGUGGAUGUAAUACUGGACACAGUACAAGACAUCCAACAUGCUGUGGGUUUCAGUCCCCUGUCAGCCCUGAAGAGAACAGCAGAAUUCUCCACAGAACAGAUAAACAUGCUUGUGAGCUACAUCUCUACAACACUGAUCAGUGAACAAGGAAUCAUGCCUGAAGUGUCUCUUGAUCCCAUGAAAGUCAUCGAAGAUGCCGUGUUGGAGUUCACAGACAAGAAAGAUUUGUUCAUAGCGUACAUGUCGAGCAUGCUUGUUGGUGAUCAAGGUGAACCUAUUACCACACCAGUUGUCAAUGUGGUGACUGAUAAAGAUGAAACUGCUGCUUCUGUGUCUGAUAUAAAUUUGGUACGACGCAAAGGUGAAUUCCUGCCACCUUUAGAAAAAGUUCUCAAAGAGGCAAAAGAAAGACACGCAAUAAAAGAAGUUAAAGAUGCCAUUUUUGAAGACCUCAAAGCAGCAGACACUGAAAAGGUGGAUAUCAAAGAAAAGGAAGACGAACACAAGGAAACUGUAGAGAUAAAACUGAAAGAAGAAAAGCCAGAGGUCAAACGCCUUGCAGAGAAACAACAGAAGCUCAAAGAGGAAGAACUAAAGCCUUCCAAAGAUAAAAAAGAAGCAAAGAAACCUCCUAAAGAAAAGCUAGAAGUGAAGAAACAACGCAAAGAAGAAAAAGAAAUUGAGAAAUCACCUCAUGAAGAGAAAAUAGCAAGAAAAACUCCCAAAGAAAAGAAAGGUGUAAAGAAACAUCCCAAAAAAGAGAAAGGAGUGAAGAUAUCACCUGAAGAAGAAAGAACAGUCAAGAAACCAUCUUUAGAAAAAACAGAAGUUAAGAAACCUUCUAAAGAAGAGAGGACAGUGAAAACAUCAUUCAAAAAAGAAGUCAAGAAAGAACUCCAAGAAGAGAAAACAGUCAAGAAACUAUCUAAAGAAGUCAAGAAACCUCCCAAAGAAGAGGCAAAAGGAAAGAAACCAUCUAAAGAAAUCAAGAAACCAACCAAAGAAGAGAAAGAGGUGAAAAAACCAUCCAAAAAAGUGAAAGAAAUAAAGAAACCUCUUAAAGAAGAGACAGAUGCAAAGAAACCACUCAUAGAAGACAAAGAGGUGAAGAAAGCUUACAAAGAAGAAAAAGAAGUAAAGAAACCUACCGAAAAGAAGACAGAAGUCAAGAAACCACCCAAAGAAGAGAAAGAAGUCAAGAUACCAUCUAAAGAAGAGAAAGAAGUGAGAAAGCCUCCCAAGGAAGAGGCACAAGCAAAGACACCAUCCAAACAAGAUGUCAAGAAACCAUCCAAAGAAGAGAAAGAAGUGAGAAAGCCUCCCAAAGAGGAGGCACAAGCAAAGAAACAGUUUAAAGAAGAGAUAGAAGUCAAGAAAGCACCCAAAGAAGACAAAGAGGUCAAGAAACCUUCCAAAGAAGAGAAAGAAGCAAAGAAACCCCCCAAAGAGGAGAAAGAAGUCAAGAAACCACCAAAAGAAGAGAAAGGUGCCAAGAUACCAUCCAAAGAAGAGAAAGAAGUGAGAAAACCUCCCAUGGAAGAGGCACAAGCAAAGACACCAUCCAAACAAGAUGUCAAGAAACCAUCCAAAGAAGAGAAAGAAGUGAGAAAGCCUCUCGAAGAGGAGGCACGAGCAAAGAAACUGUUUAAAGAAGAGACAGAAGUCAAGAAACCACCCAAAAAAGACAAAGAGGACAAGAAAUCUUCCAAAGAAGAGAAAGAAGUAAAGAAACCCCCCAAAGAGGAGAAAGAAGUCAAGAAACCACAUAAAGAAGACAAAGAAUUCAAGAAACCUCCCAAAGAAGAGAAAGAAGUAAAAAGACUACCAAAAGAAGAGAAAGAAAUCAAGAAACAAUUCAAAGAAGAAGUCAAGAAACCCCCCAAAGAAGAGGCAAAAGUAAAGAAACCAUCUAAAGAAGAGAUAAAAGUCACAAAAUCACAUAUAGAAGAGAAAGAAGUCAAGAAGCCACCCAAAGAAGAGGUCAAGAAACCAUGCAAAGAAGAAAAAGAAGUAAAGAAACCUCCCAAAGAGGAGAAAGACAUCAAGAAACCAUCUAAAGAAGAGACAAAGGUAAAGAAACCAUCCAAGGAAGAGAAAGAAGUCAAAAAACCACCUAAAGAAGGCAAAGAAAUCAAGAAACCACUCAAAGAAGAAGUAAAGAAACCUACCAAGGAAGAGGAAAAAGUAAAGAAACCAUCUAAAGAAGAGAUAAAAGUCACAAAACCACAUAUAGAAGAGAAAGAAGUCAAGAAACUUUCCAAAGAAGAGGAAGAAGUAAAGAAACCUCCCAAAGAGGAGAAAGGCAUCAAGAAAUCAUCCAAGGAAGAGGCAAUGAUAAAGAAACCACCCAAGGAGGAGAAGGAAGUCAAAAAACCACCAAAAGAACACAAAGAAAUCAAGAAACCAUCCAAAGAAGAAGUCAAGAAACCUCCCAAGGAAGAGGAAAAAGUAAAGAAACCAUCUAAAGAAGAGACAGAAGUCACAACACCACAUAUAGAAGAAAAAGAAGUCAAGAAACUUUCCAAAGAUGAGAGGGAAGUAAAGAUACUAAUAAAAGAAGAGAAAGAAGUCAAGACACUUCCCAAAGAAGAAAAAGAAGUCAGGAAACCAUCCAAAGAAGCAACAGAAAUAAAGACACCAUCAAAAGCAGACACAGACUUAAAAACAUCAGAGGAGAUGAAAAUGAAAAAGCCUCGAGAGGAGAAGACAGAGAAAGACAUUAGGCUUAAAGAAAUGAGGGAAGUAAAGAUGCCAUCUAGAGAAAGGAAAGAAAUGAAGAAACCCUCUAAAGAGAUGAAAGAAGAAAAGGAACCAGCUAAGGAAGAGAAAGAAAUUAAGAAACCUGUACAAGAAAAAGAGAAAAAAGUGGUUAAGAAGCCCUCUAAAGAGAAGAAAGAAGUUAAGUUUUCCAAGGAUGAGAAAAAAGAGAAGAUGGAAAGGCCUUUUAAAUUAGAGACAGAAGAGAGACAGAAGGCCUCUAAAGCAAAGAGGUUAGUAACACCUUCAAAGAAAGAUGUGGAAGACCAGAAACCUUCCAAGGAAAAGAAAGAAGAGAAAAUACCUUCUGUGGUGGAGGAAGAAGAGAGGAAGUCCUCUACUGAAGAGACAGAAAUGAAAAAGCCUCCUGUAAAGGAGGAAGUAGCCAGGAAGCCUAUAAAGAAGGAAAAAGACCUAAAGAAGCCUUCUGUGGAGGAAAAAACUCCCAAAAAAGAGGAAAAGCCCACCAAGCCAAGAGAGGUCAAAAAGCAUUUCAAAGAAGAAGAAGGAAGGAGGGAAAAGGUAUUGUCUUCGAAAGAAGAACAAGAAUCAACAAAGCUCUUGAGAGAAGAGAAGCAACCAGACAAACCACCUAAAGAGGCCAAAGAAGUUAAAAAGCCUCCCAAAGAAGAGAAAGAGGUUACAAAACUUGCAAAAGAAGAACCAAAAAAGAUCUCUAAAGAGAAGAAACAACCAACUAAGCCUACUAAAGAGAUGAAAGAAGAGGAGAUGCCUUCCAAAGAAAGAGCAAUGCCAGAGAAGUUCUCUGGAGACAAACAAAAACAAGAAGAACUGUCUAGAAAGGAAGACAAAGAACCACAGAAGCUUUCUAAAGAAGAGACAGCACCAAGGAAGCCCACAAAAGAACAAGACCAAGAGAAAACUUCCAAGAUGAGGGCUGGUGUCAAGAAGAUUGCCAAAGAAGAAAGAGAACCAAAGAUCUCUAAGGAAAAAACCCAGCUAACAAAGUCUUCAAAAGAGAAGGAAGAAAUUGAGAAAACUCACAAAGAGUCUGCCAAGAAGACAGAGACUAAGACAGACACUAAACCCAAAAAGUCUGCAAGGAGGAUUAAGGUAGUCAAGACUGAGGUUGCAUCUAUCCUGAAGAAGGAACAUCUAAAUGUUACAAAAACAGCUGAUGAACCCAAGAAGCUGAAAGCUGUGAAAAAGCAGAUAGUUCCUGUCCUGAAAAGAGAACAUCUUAAUGUUACAAAAACAGACACCAAACCCAAAAAGGCUACAAGGAGGAUUAAGGUAGUCAAGACUGAGGUUGCAUCUCUCCUGAAGAAGGAACAUCUAAAUGUUACAAAAGCAGCUGAUGAACCCAAGAAGCUGAAAGUUGUGAAAAAACAGAUAGUUCCUGUCCUGAAAAGAGAACAUCUUAAUGUUACAAAAACAGACACUAAACCCAAAAAGGCUGCAAGGAGGAUUAAAGUAGUCAAGACUGAGGUUGCGUCUGUCCUGAAAAAGGAACACCUUAAUGUUACAAAAACAGAAGUUCCUAUGGUGAAAGCCAAACCAGAACCUGCAAAGAAAGUCGCAGCUCCCAAGGAGCCCAAGAAGGAACCAAAGCAAAAAAUCAAACCUAAACUUGUAAAAUCAGAAGUUCCAAAAGAAAAGACCAAAGAAACUCCUGCUAAGAAAGAAGCUGUUAAAGAAAAGGUCAAACCAGUUAUCCUGAAAAAAGAGAAAGAGGGCACAUCCAAAAAUGCCUCUCUGGUGAAACAAAGAGUCAAAAUAGUGCCUAUGAAAAAAGUUGUGGUUUCCCAACAGAAGCCCAAGCCAGUUGUGCCAAAGAGAGGACCUGCUCCGCUCAAGAUGAAACGAGCUCCAGUAGUCAAAGAGACAGAAGGACCACACAAAAAUGUCUCACUAACCAAGGAGAAAGUCAAGGUUGUGCCCCUGAAGAAAGUGCCUACAACUGCAAAAGAGAAAGUCAAACCAGCACCAACAAAAAAAGAAACUGAGGUUCUCAAGGAGAAGAAAGCCAAGCCAGUGACUCCCACAAAAGCACCUGUUAUCAAAGCAAAACCAAGAUCUGCUGAAAAGAAGAAAGAACUCGAGGCCAAGCCAGUUCUUGACACCAAAGCACCUGACAUUACUAAGGAGAAGCCUAAGCAAGCUCGUGAAAAGAAAGCUCUUUCUAAAACAGAGGCUGAAACAAAGAAGGACAAGGUCAAAUCACUCCUAAAGAAGAAAGAGUCCAAAGUACCAGAGGACAAAGUCAAACUGGCACUUACGAAAGAACUGGAGACUCUUAAAGAGAAGGACAAACUUGCUACAGUGAAGAAAGCCGUGUUCAGGAAAAAGGCCAAACCAGUCCUUGUGAAGAAAGAGCCUGAGGUUUUAAAAGACAAGGUCAAACCCAGUGCAACAAAGAAAGAGGACAGAGUUAUUAAAGAAAAGCCAAAGCCUGUAAAGAAAGAAAAAACAGCAGAGAAGAAAGCACCCAAGAAGGAGAAAGCUAAAGAGAGCAGAGUUCUUAAAGAGAUACAAGAACCUGCAAAGAAAGAAGGAUCUGCUGAGAAGAAACUUGCCAAGGAGGAGAAAGUUAAAGCUGAGCCUUCGGUGUCAGACAGCUUUCUUAUUGACGAGGAGCUGCCCUACUUCCAGUGUUUCUUUGUGGACGAGGACGAGGCCCAGUUUCCAUUCUACGCCUUUUCACCACUGCAGAUUUGAAGCUUCAGUCUGAUUUCCAGUCUGAGGUUUACAAAUUAGUCAACUUACAGAUGACAACGAGGUCACGUCACACCCUGCGCUGCCGAAACGCAGCCCGCUGUUCAUUGUUGAUCUCCAGGAGAAAGCCCUGGACAGCAGGGAAUGAUGGGUGAUUUUAUGUGAUGGACCUAUUUUGAUUUUUAUUUCCAGAUUUGGUUGAGCUCUCGUACCAAAUACGUGCAGCCAGUGUCAUUCCUUUCUUUUCUUUUCUUUUUUUGUUUAUUUAUUUUGUUUAAUUCUUUUGAAAGGUGGAUAUCAUGAGAAUAUUAAAAUGGAACAAUUCUGUACUUUGAAGAGCAAUAAUUUAAGUCCUCACCGCAACACAUGCAAAUGAAUACAAUGGUGUGUUUUUAAAGAUGGUAUGUAGUGUAGAAUAUGUUCAACUUUGCUAACAGGGUACAAAAAUGGCGGCAGUUGCUGAUUGAAGGUAGACAGGUGUUCCGUUCCUCUGAGCCCACAUUUACUUGAAAAGUGCAGUCACAUUUUUAAGCUCAGUCAUCUGUGUAAGUUGCUGUUAAAGCCUUCAAAUCAACAGUUGGGCUUUUAUAGUGUUUCUGCAUGAUUCCAAGUCAUUUCAAGGAAACUUCACUCACAUAUUCCUCCCUAACGGGUACAAACUAACUACUGAAAGGAAAGGAUUCUUUUUUUUUUUCUGUCUACAUGUUAUGUCUCAAAAGGAAUGACCAUGCGCUGUAUAUGAGAGCUCCCAACACUACCUGAAACACUACCUUUAAAGUCUUAUUGAACUGUACAAUGUAGACAUGUGCCCCAGCUCCUCAUUUUGACAUUUGGUCUAAAAACAAGCGCUGCAUUGUCUGCAUACUCAAAACUGACUUGAGUUCAUUUAACUUUUUCUGCUGUCAAGUAUCAGAUUUGUUGUGUAACUGGAUGACAGACUCGGAAAUGUUAUCCGGCCACUCACACAUUUGAAUUUGAUGGCAUUUGUCAAUGAGAGCGCAGGUGCAAGUCUUUUCUUGCACUGUUACCAAAGAUGUUUUACAGGCUGGAACAUUAAAAGUACAGUAGGGCACAUGUGAUUCACUUUUCGUCAGUCAAAAUGGAUGACUGUUGUAGUGAACAGCAGUUCCUUGAUAGACCAAAAACACCCUGUCACUUACUUUUGUCAGUGACUGUUUGUGUGCGUGCACAACGUAGAAACAAGAUAUAUUUUAGCAACCUUUUGAAUAGGUUCUUAUAAACCACAAAGAGUCAGAAAAUGUUUAAAAGUCUUUGAAAGUAUCUUUUUUUAUGUUUUUAACAUAAAAUGAUAUCACGCCUGCAUCAUAUCGUCACAUCUCAUGUACUGUGCUAAAACAGGAUCCUUAUCACAGUUUAUUUAUAUAAUGGGAUGUACAGUAUGAAUGAUGUCAGUCAGUGAUUUUUGAAUGCUGUGAUUGGUCAAAAACGAAAUCCAGGUCAUUUAUUUAAAACGCCUGAAGAAGGGAGAGAGCUGCAAGAAUCAGCUCCUCCACGGGUUUGUUUGUUGCUAACAUGUUGACUGAGGUGAAACAUUUACAUCUUGGAUUAUAUCUGGACACUGUGUGAUUACACUGUAAGGUGUUGCAGGGGCCGUCACGUGUUUGGGAAGAUAACCUCAGAUGUAAACUGGUACAUUAUUUCUCAGUUUGUGCCAGCUGCUGUUUACAUAUGCCUCUUAACAUCGUGCUUCAUAUGCCGCAUAGAAGACAUUAGCACAGCUUGUGACACGAAUCCAAAAUGUACUCAAAAUGAAAUCCACUUAUCUUUUUGUUGAAAUAAUACAAGCACAGUCUUUAGUAGUCUAUAGAUGGUGUAUAAGAUCCUCUCCACUUACUGUAACAGUGGGAGUUUUUGUGGACACUAUCACAGUUGGGCAAUUUGUUCCCAAAGUGAUUUGUACGAGUUAUUGGAUUUUUAUUGUUAGUAUGCUUGUAUCGAUCAUUGUACUGCAUUAUAUUUAGCACUAACUUUACUAGGUAAACACAUGCAUACAUGUGGUAAAUACAUACAUUUUUGAAUACCUGAGUAAUCAAACAACUGUAUGUUUCUCUGAUAGUCCUUGAAUGAAAUGUGCAUGAUUUGUUUGUGUUUUAAUGUAUGAUCCCAAAUGUUUUUGUGAUAUUUUUCCCAACUUUGAGAAUGGCAAUACUAAAUACUUGAAUUUAUUUGACACCAAUGCCAACAUUUGUCACUCAGUUGUGUUGCUAAUGUGAUACUUACAUAAACCGUCACAUUUAAAGUAAUCUCAUUGUAAAUAGUUAAUUAAAUGGAAAAAAAUAGACAGUUUUAUCCCUGAAGAAUUACUACUGAAACUGCUCUUUAACUGCAGAUGAAAUCGCAUUAUGUAUCAUUUGGCAAUUAUAUAUUCCUUACGCUUGUGAAUAGUAGCAAUUUGACAUUAAAUUAUAGCAGUGCAA